CAAAAGAGUGAUCUUUCGUGCUUUUCAUCGACUCUCGUUUUUGGGUUUUCUGGGGCUUUUUGGGAGGACGUGGGUGGUGGGUUUUCUCUUGGGUUCCUGAAUCGGAGCUGAUUUUGUGUUGGUUGCGCGACUCGAAUCUGCGUUUGGGUUGGUGGGUGUGUGCUGAUUGUGGGUUUUUGUUGCUUGUAUAAGGCCCUUGCGAGUGUUGGGUUUCGUUGAGGAGUGAUAAUGAUGGAUAACAAUGACUGGAGGCCGACGCCGCCGGCCGGUGUGGGAGGCGGGGGCACUGAAGCUGAGCUCGACGGGGGCGAUUGGAGGGCUGAGUUGCCGCUCGAAUCGCGGGAUAGGGUCGUCAAAACGAUAAUGGAGACCUUGAAGCGACACCUUCCUGUUUCUGGUCCAGAGGGUUUGCAAGAACUCAAGAAAAUUGCCGUGCGAUUUGAGGAAAAAAUUUACACUGCUGCAAUAAGCCAGUCCGAUUAUUUAAGGAAGAUAUGUUUGAAGAUGCUGACAAUGGAGACAAAGUCUCAGAAUACCAUACCUAAUGCUUUGCCUUCUAACCCUGCUGGGAAUAGCAGUAAUGACCCGGUUAUGCAGUCACAAAUUCAAAAUCAAAGCCAAUCAAUUCCUAAUUCCUUAGCUGUGAAUCAGCCUCAAGCACGUCAACAGUUAUUGGUUCAGAAUAUUCAGAAUAAUGUUCCAUCUGGAGUUCAGGCUUCAGCCAGUCUAUCGUCUACAUUGCCAUCUGUCUCUGGCUUGAACCAAUCUUCCAUCCCGAAUACUAUUGGACAAAACAACAACAUGCAAAAUAUGCCUAGUGUUUCUCAGAACUCACUGGGGAACUCAAUGGGCCAAGGUAUCAAUAGCAACAUGUUCGUAAAUUCUCAGCAACUUCAAGCUAGGCAACAGAUGGUUUCCCUACAGCAACAAGAACAGUCUCAGAAUUCACAGCAGUAUAUUUACCAGCAGCAGCAAUACCAACAGCAGCUUUUGAAGCAGAAGCUUCAGCCGGUCCCACAUUCGCUCAUGUCAUCUCAAUUCCAACAACAGCAGCAGCAACAGCAGCAACAGAAUAUGCUACAGCCGACUCAGCUGCAGGCUUCUCAGCAGUCUGUCCUCCAAACAUCUUCUGUCAUGCAGCCGCCAUCAAUGCAACCAGCUCCUCUAGCUGGUGUCCAACAAAAUCAACAGUCUUCAGUUCCACAGUCAACACAGUCCAUGAAGAGUUAUUCUUCUACUUUUGUAGUGUCUACUGAUAGCUCUGCCCAAACGGGGCAUUCGGCUGGGGGUGACUGGCAAGAGGAGGCUUACCAAAAGAUGCUACAGACACAGCAGCUUAAGCAACAAUAUCAGCAACCUCAAAUGCAGCAGCAACUCAAACAACAGCUUCUGCAGCAGCAGCUACAGCAGGCUAAGCAGCAGCUUCCUUGGCAACUGCAGACUCAUCAAAGGCGUUCCAACAUCCAACUCCGGAAUGCAGCUUGGGCGCUGCUGUUAUUAGUAGUUGUCAUCUACUAUAUUAAAGUUUUUCUUCUUUCUUAGUGUAGAAAUUGAGAGGACAAAAAGGAGAGCAUACAAACUGAUUAAUGUUUGCCACUCACUUUUAUUAUUAGUUUAAUAAGACUUAGGGUCGAAUGAUUAACAUUCUGUUUCAGAAAUUUAUUUCUGGCCAUUUCGGUGGUAUUUGAUAACAUUUAUGUUAACGGGAACAAUUUCUAUUUAGACAUAGUUUUUUUGAUAA